ACUCGCGUCGCCCAUCGAUUGUUCUCUCACAAUGGCGGUCUAGUCCAAGACAAUACCCUUAUUCCCCUUCAAAGUUCUAUUCUUCUAGCAGCAGGUUGACUGUUCGCGCUGGCCGUUUAAAUAAUUCCUUUGUGUACUCGCGAGAUCGAGUCCUUUUAAUCCCCUUUCUUUCGUCCCAUCUCUCGCGUCCCAUCUCUCGAUCCGCCAUCCUCAACCUUACGGUCCUACCUGACCAAAACAAACUUCUCGGAAUCAAUAUUUCCAAGCCAGUCACAGCAAACUUCCCGGAGAAAAUACCGAUUUUCUACGUGGUCACGACAAGCUUUCCCUUCAAGAAAAGCACCCAUAUGCCGCCACUUCUCCUUCCCGUCUCCUUUUCACACCACACAUCUUCUCUACGCGUCCCAAACCCGGAAAAGAAAUAGCAUCGCCAAGAUGCCAACAAUGCCGUCUGCCGGCAUUCUCUUUACCGCGCUCCUGGCGCUUGCCAGUCACAGCGCGGCGCAUUCGAACGUCGAGCGGCUGAUGCGGAUCGCCCCGAACGGUACCAUGGUCGGUAAGGAGGGGUUUCCAAGAGGCUUCGUCAGUCGGACAAAUCCCGCCUACAGCGACCCGGCCGUCGGCUGGCUCCUCCCCCCUAACGGAAGGCCUGAUGGCAAAGUGAUCCACCCCGACGAUAAGGUAGCCAGUCCUCCCCAGCGAGUAGCGAACUACACCAACGAGCUUCCCAUGCUCGUCGCUUCACCGGGCGAUCUGAUCGCGCUGCAAUACCAAGAAAACGGCCACGUCACCUUGCCAGACAACCAGCCGAACAAGGCCCUCAACCGCGGCACUAUCUACAUCUACGGCACUACCGAGCUCGCCCCUGAUGCCAACCUCCUCGACAUCCUCUACCAGUGGACUCCUGACGGCACAGGUGGCGACGGCAAGGGCAGCCUCUUGGCCACCCGCAACUUCGAUGAUGGGCAAUGCUACCAGCUCAACGGCGGCCCCAUUUCCCAGACUCGCGUUGCGACGUUUGCCAAGUCUGCUGAGAACCCCAUGGGCCAGAAUCUGUGGUGCCAGUCCGAUGUUGCCCUUCCAAACGGUCUGGCCGUCGGCAAGCCGUACACCCUGAUCUGGAUCUGGGACUGGCCCACUCUAGAUCGCCCCGAUGUGGCAGCUCCUCCAUCGUCUGCGCCAGGAGCCGCUGCUGGAACUAACGGAGCAAAGGUUGAGAUUCCUGAAAUCUACACCACGGUCAUGGAUGUACAGAUUGUCGACCCCUGUGACGAAUCCCUCGGCCAAGUCAAAGGGCCAGGCUGCAAGGUUGCCAAUACCAGUGUGAAGACCGUCUUUGCCAAGGGCCAAGACCUCAACCUGGCAGCCAUUGCCGAGCAAAUCAUCAACAGCUUCCUUGUCGAUGUCCCUGGCAUCACUGGUGGCUCCGGUUCUCCGAAUGCCUCUGCCACCACAAAUUCGAGUCCACCAGCCACCACAAGGUGCUCUGGUCACCACCCCCAUGGCCCAGCCGGUGGAAGAGUCAAGACUAAGACUGUCUAUUCCAACAUCAAGACUGUGACUGUGACUACCACAGUUGGGGUGGCUGGACCUACUGCAGUAGGCACUGGGGCAUCCAGCCUGACGUCAGAAUACACACCUCCUACCGGAGCUCCUACAGUCAGCUCCUUCAUGAAGAUUGACAAGCUCCGACGUGUCCGGACCUAGUGCCUAGGGCCUCAAUCAUUGCCAGAAUAUUUGGGGCAUAUGAUGGCUAUUUGCGCACAGGAGCACUUCUCAGGACAGCACAUAACACAGCGAUAUGGUAAUGAUCCACAGAUCA